AUGCAGCAGAUUGAGCAGCAGGAGGAUAUCGGACCAAGCGACGCUGAGUUUGUCCUCAGCAUCCUCCAAGCGUCUCCCUCUGUGCGCGAUAGCCGCAGUUACAUGGCGUCGUUUGCCCCCGACGCCGACGACAUGGCUGUUGGCGCUGCAGAGGCUGCGAAUGCAGCUUCCGAGCCCAACCCUCUGGUCGAGACCAUGCUCAACCCCAUCGUCCGCCGUCCGGCCCUGGUCAAGAUCCAAGGUCCGUUUACCGACCACCAGCUCUUCUCCAUCGCUCGCGGUAUCCACCACCUCCAAAAGCUCGGUCUCGUCUCGGUGGUCGUCAUUGACCGCGAUGACAUUCCACCAACCGAGAGCCUGGACAGUGUCGCUGCCGAGGCCCAACGGACAUUGAUGCUGCGCGACGUUGAACGCUGUGUCCACUUCCUGGCCAAGAGCCAGGCUCCAGCCCGUCCCGUCUUGGCCACUGUUGCCCGACUGGGAGACACGGGAGACGUCUACGUCGAGGCUGAAGGACUCGACCAUGUCCGCCGUGCUGUCGCAGAGGGUGAGAUCCCCGUCCUCAUGCCCGUCGCCCUCGACGAGGGCUGCCGUUCUCGCCGUAUCAGCGCCAACGCCGUCUUGUGCGCACUCGCCGAGGCCAUGAGCACCACCUCUGCUGGCAGCGUACCCCUGUCUGCCGAGGCGCCAGCGGGGCGUAUGGACCUCACACCGCUUCGUUUGCUGGUCAUUAACCGCGAGGGCGGUAUCCCCAGUUAUGCUCGUCAGGGUUUCCCACACUUGUCCAUCAACCUUGCGUCCGAGUAUGACUAUAUCACUGGAACAUGGCAGCCGCAAUGGCGCAGCACACACCCUACGGCCUUGUCCAACCUGGCCCUCGCCGACGAGUGUCUCUCCCACAUGCCUCGCAGCGCGUCCGCACUCAUUGUGUCGCACCGCUCUCCGGCUGCACUCAUAUCCAACCUCAUCACCAACAAGCCCGCUCACUCGGCUUCCCUCCCCCAUGCCCUCCUCACCCAAAGCGAAGGCCGCGUCACCCGCGACACCCCGACACUUAUCCGCCGCGGCCUCCCUGUCCGCAUCCUGCGCUCCACGGAUGAAAUUGACAAGGUCAAGCUCACCAACUUGCUCGAGCGCUCCUUCCGCCGUACCCUCAACCAAGAAGCCUACUGGGCCCGUCUGGAAAAGGACCUCGACUUUGUCAUUGUCGUCGGCGACUAUGCCGGUGCCGCCAUCUGCACCAUUGAAGGCCGCGAGACGGGCCAGCACAUUUGCUACUUGGACAAGUUUGCCGUUCUGCCUAGCCACCAAGGCGACGGAACCGUCGAUUUCCUCUGGGUCGGCCUCCGCGACGAGACCUACGGUCUGGGUCUGCUGGAUGCCGCCAACCCCUCGGUCGGCUCGCUUUCCGGUGUCGGCCGCGGUCGUGACCUGGUAUGGCGUUCUCGCGCCGACAACGGUGUCAACAAGUGGUACUUUGAGCGCAGCAACGGCUUUGUCACUUCCGAGGAUGGGCGCUGGAAGAUGUUCUGGUGUGACGCCGAGCAGCGUCUGCGGGAAAUGGCGCAGGAGAAUGGCGGUGUCAUGCGUGUGGUAGAGCCAGAAGAAGACGGCCGGCUGCAGGCAUGGGCGCCGGUCAUUGAGAACAUCAAGUCUGCAUGGUCCGCUUAG